CUCCGCUGUCGCCAACAUGCCUCUCGCGAAGGAUUUGUUGCACCCGACGCCAGAGGAGGAGAAGAGAAGACACAAGAAGAAGCGUCUCGUACAGAGUCCCAACUCUUAUUUUAUGGAUGUCAAAUGCCCAGGCUGUUAUAAGAUCACUACCGUGUUCAGUCACGCACAGACGGUGGUCUUGUGUGUAGGAUGCUCCACUGUUCUCUGCCAGCCCACUGGAGGAAAGGCUCGCCUCACAGAAGGAUGCUCGUUCAGAAGAAAGCAGCACUAGUCUCUCAUUAACCAAUAUGCAAGGAUGAGGGAGAUGACGGGAGGAGAGACAGGAUUGGCCACUCCACGGGGAUUUCAGGCCAUGUUUCUGAUCUAUAACGGGGCAAUGGAGAUGAAAGCUAAACCGAGAAGAGUGCAGAAAACUUGAAAUGUCGCAGUGCUGUCUGAACACAGAGCAUGUGAGGUGUAGAAUCACCAAACCUGUCUCUCUCUCCCUCUCUACUUUAAAUAAAGGUUCCUUUUUCAUUUA